GUUCGUUGCUAAGAGACGCGUUGUGUUCAUGUUGCUGAGGCGCAAGGAAGAAAAUUUAGACGUAUAGAUAGCUUAAAACAGAAAUACGGCCCAUUUAGCGGUGAAACAGUAGAGUUUACCCACAGUCAGUGGAAGUUAUUCGCUUUAAUGGUGAAGCUGAGGGCGAGGUGUCUGCUUGUCGGAGAUGCUGCAGUGGGAAAAAGUGCCCUCUCUCAUAUAUUCUACAGCGAUGGCACACUCUUCCAGAAGAACUACAGCAUGACAACAGGAGUGGAGCUGCUAAUGAAAUGUGUCAACAUCCCAGAGACCAACGACAGUGUGGAGCUCUACAUCAUAGACUCUGCAGGGAAGGAGACAUUAGUGGAAGCCUGUGAGAAAAUGUGGGGUAAACCUUCACUGCUCUGCCUGGUUUUUGACCUGACCAGUGAGCAGUCUUUUGCCAACUGCAGCCGCUGGAUGGAGAGAGUCCGUGCCCGCUGCCAGGGUCUCCAAGUUCCAGGUGUCUUGGUGGGCAACAAGUCAGACCUGUCUGCUAGAAGGGAGGUGCAGGCAUCCGUGGCCAAGGAAUGGGCCCAGAGCCAGGGAUUGGAGUACCACGAAACAUCGGCCAAGGAGAUGGAAAACUGUGACGCGCCUCUCCUCACUUUGGCCCGGGCCUUCCACUCUCUCUACCAAGAGCGCCGUGAAACCAUCCAAAACCUUAAUCCAGGCUAGACCCACCCCCUCCCACUCACACACACACACACCUUGACUUUCACCAACAGGACAUCAGGCAAAAGAUAUUCAUUCAGAGACUUUAUUAGACUGAGGGUUAUUGAAGCUUUAGUUAGAUAACACACGUAAGAUGAACUCUUUUCUAUUGCACCACUGAAACUGCACAACAAGCCCAGAAUGACUUGUUUGGGAUAAUAUUUUAAUAUAACUGCAAAUAAAGUUGUUUGUGAUAAUCAG